AUGGCUGACCUCUAUAUCAGUGAACAGACUGUUAUCAAAUGCAACUUGGAUAAGCGUUGUUGUGCGUUUGGAGAGGUAACGAAGGUGGUGCUGAUGGACGCGCUGAGUUUCCACGCGUUCGCGCUCCUGUGCGCGCUCCGCACCACACUGGCAGCAAACAACUAUCACUGCAAUGGGCCACUGGUUUCUGCUCUUCCUCCCACGUCAUUCCAGAGCUCCUCGUCUUCCUCUGACAGUCUGUUGCCAUAUUUUGCCAAGCUCAACAGAAGAGAUGGAGGUGGUGGCUGGGCUCCAGAACGAACAGACAGGCUACGAUGGCUACAGGUGGAUCUGCGAGAGCGGGUCGAGGUCACAGCUGUGGCGACCCAGGGUCGUUUCGGGAGCCCUGAUUGGGUUACGAGUUACAUGUUGCUGUACAGUGACACAGGAAGAGCUUGGAAGCAGUUCAGACAAGACGACAACAUAGGGGUGAGUUAUCCAAGUUCUCUUAUAAAAAUAAUCCACCCUUUUAUUAAUACAUUUACCAUUAGUACUUCAGCCGGUGCGAUAAGUACUGUAAAAGCUUUCUGGAUAAUGUGGAUCAAGGGGGCUUUUAUGACUGGAAUAAAAUGCAUACACACCCAUAAUCAUUAAGCCUCUGUGUCUUUAAUGAAAUCAUAAUAAUUUACUAGAAUAAAUGAAUGCAUCCUCCCAUACACUGUCAGACACUGUUGGCACACAUCGAAAACCAGCCACCCACGAAAUGUUCAAAUUUUAAUUACCGACUUGAAUUUCACUUAAUCGCCUAAACUAAGAUUAAAUACAGGCUCUAUUUUGAGUGGCGUGGCUUUAAUAUCCCUCCCAAAACUUAUUUCAUGGUCUCCUGACCUUACCAGUCACUGGCAGUGCAGCUGAAAUCCUUGUCUACCCAACUGCAAUUACCUUUUCUUUUUUGGGGGGUAGUUUUAUUUUGACAACUUUGGAAUCGAUCGGCACGGCCCUUGCGCCACAAGAGACAGCGGUUGCAUUGCCUCCACACUUACAGGCAAACAAAUGGGCUUCACCCUCCUCUUCUGAAUCAAUACUAGUCAUUUCAAAGCUCCAUCAUUCCCCGGCGUUCUUAUUUAGCCCGGCUCGAAGAGAUCUGGGGCGAAACAUUACUGAGAUCUAACCUGCCAUCUUCGUCGUCUCUCAUUACGAAAGCUUGGAUUCCUGCUAAUGUAAUCGUCGGAGCUAAACAAACACAGAGAGCUGUAGGAGGAGGUGGAGGUGGUGUAUACAUUUUCUGCGGCUAAUUCAUCUCAUUACAACUUUAUUUAUUUGUUCAUUGAUGGUUUAAUGUUUGGUUCUUUUAUCUCUCACCCAGCGGGAGGAGAAAAAAGGUGCUGAUUAGUUUGAGAAUGGAGUUUAAUGGAAGACUUUGAAGGUGUGAAGCAUUUUAAUGAGUAGAAGAUUAAAAGAAGUGGAACAUUUUUACAGAGCGGUAGGUGCCUCCUGGUCAUGCCAUUUUUCUGGUAGGCUCUACAGCUGGAGGUAGGACCCCCAGCUAUUCUAAACCUGGAGGUUUAGAUUAGCAGCGACACUUUGAGUGCAGCUUAAAGAAACUAACGCUGCCAGCGGC